AUGAAUUUUUGGAUGAUAAUCAUUUGGACACUACUGUCCUCCCUGCUAAGCUAUUUGAAGAUGAAAUAUAAUUAUUGGGAUCUGCAGGGUGUGAAACAAUUGAAACCUCACUUUUUGGUGGGUCAUUUGAGGAAAUUACGAAGCAUUAAUCAUCGUCAGAUACUGAAGGAGGUGUAUGAUGAAUUCCGGUCCAAGGCAAAAUUGGCGGGAUUUUAUAUUUACACCCAACCGGUGGCGGUGAUUUUGGAUUUGGAUCUGGCCAAGUCGGUAUUGGUGAAAGAUUUCAAUUUCUUUGCCAGUCGCCUGUGGUAUAAAAAUGAGAAGGACCAUUUGUCUCAACAUCUCUUCAAUGUAGAGGAGGUCCAGUGGCGUUUAUUGCGAAAUAAGUUGGCUCCGGCAUUUACCGCAGAAAAAUUGGAAUUUAUGUUGCCCAGCCUGCAAAGGGUGGCGGAGAAUUAUGUGGAAGCUUAUGGAUCGGCCAUAGCGGAGAGUGAGUCCCUUAAUGUCCAUGAUCUGAAUGGUAGAUUUAUUUUGGAUGUCUUUGGAAGCUGUCUAUUUGGUCUGGAGUGCAACAGCCUUAAAGAUCCCCAGCAGGAAGAGUUCUAUCAGAUGAUUCCCCAAAUUUUGCCAAGCAAAGAUAUUGGCAUCAAAUGUCAUUUCUUUAAGGCCACGUAUUUUGAUCUGAUGAAAUUGUUUGGCUUGAAGAAAUUCCCUCAAGAUGUAGAGAGCUUCUUCAAACGUGUGGUCCGGGAAGGUUUCGUAAAACGUGAGAAAAGCGGUGUGGUGCGCAAUGACUUCAUCGAUGUUUUAUUGUUAAUGAAAAAUUUUGGUGAAAUGAAUUUGGAGGCGGAACAAUUGGCGGCACAAUUUUAUGGAUUCUUCACCGCCAGCUAUGAGACCUCAGCAGCAACAAUGACCUAUCUUCUCUACGAAUUGGCCAGGCAUGAGGAUGUCCAGGAGAAACUAAGGAAACACAUCACGGAGACUCUCAAGAAGCAUAACAACCAAGUAUCAUAUGGAGCCCUUAACGAUAUGAAAUAUUUGGAUCAGGUUAUAACAGAAACCCUACGCAUGUACCCACCCUUUGCCUAUUUGCAACGCCUGGCCCUGGAAGAUUAUAAGGUUCCCGGCACCGAUAUUACCAUAGAGAAAAAUACCGAUGUCCUUAUACCCGUCAAGGCCAUACAUUAUGAUGCAGAUAUUUAUGAAAAUCCCAAAGAAUUUAAACCUGAGAGAUUCGCCCCAUCGGAAGAGAGGAAACGCCAUCCGCAAGCAUUUUUGUCAUUUGGCGAGGGACCAAGGAAUUGUAUUGCCAUGCGUUUGGCUCAAUUGCAAAUUAAAUGUGGCCUUGUUAGUCUAAUGAGAAAAUAUCAAUUUUCGGAAUCUGCCCAAACUAGCAAAGAAAUUGAAUUUUCCGAUUAUAGUGAGGCAUUGGUGCCCACUAAGCCGAUUUAUUUGAAGGUGGAAAAAAUAUGA